AAUUAGUUAAUCAGUGCAUUGUUUUGAGGGAAUAGUUUUCGUUUUACGUGCACCGUGCAUUGUUCGUGGCCAAGCAACCAUGCUGGGUGGCUUGUGGAUUUGCUGUUCGACGAUCUUCGUGGUUUCUUUAAUCCUUGCUGUCGAUGCGGAUGUCAGGGAGUUAAUACCCUUAGAUGCGCCCGAAAACUUAACCCUAAUCGACAUUGGGGACAGAGACGUGAUGAUAAUGUGGGACCCAGUGAACAAAACAAGCGUCAGAGGCACCUUCAGAGGGUACAUCGUCAGAGUUUGGAACUACCUGCAGACUCAAGUCUAUGCCAUACCGCCCGAUGUAACAAACACGGCCGUACAAUUCUUCCCUUACUCCAAAAACUUUAUCACGGUGAGUGUGAGGAACGACAAGUACGUGGGACCCAGAAGCGCCGCCAUUAGUUUCGACGCCCCACAAACAGAGCCUGGCUACCCCCUACUUUUCGAAUGGAGCCAACUGGGCGAGGACUCCAUCUUGCUGCAGUGGAACAAGCCGAAGCAACCCAACGGAAUCCUGAUCGGCUACAACGUGUACGCCAGCGAAACGAAGGACUGGGGCGGCAUCGACGAGAAAACCACCAUCCACCACCACAUAAACGACCCGGAUAAGUUCCAGGUCAAAGUCACCGGCUUGAAGGAAGGCAGGAAGUACCAGGUGGAUUUGGCGGCCGUCAAUUGCGCCGGCGAAAGUGAACACAACACGUUGGAGCUGGAGCUGGAGCCUCACACUUCUGAGGCGCCCUCCAUACCGUUCUUUAAGUACCAAAUCGACUAUAAACCUGUGGAUUCCCUUAAGGAGUGUCUGAAGCCCACUGUGCCGGUUGUUACGGCCGCACCCCCGAACUUGGAGAUCAAUUUUAAUGAUUUUGACGACGACUAUUUCAUUUUUAAUGACACGGAGACUGGGAAGAUAGUUACCACGAAAAAACCUAAGAUUGAGUCGCCUACGAAGAAGGUGGAGUCGGAUGUUGAUCCUUGUUUGGUUGAUUGUAUGGUCACUUGGGUGCCGGAUGUGGAUAACGUCCCCGGGGAUCACUUCUAUGUCAAAUAUCGCCAAAGGGGUGAGUGUACGAAGGAGUUCAACAAAACCGACCCCAUCAAGGAUAAGGAUUAUGUCGUGCUGAACAACUUCAACGGCUGCCAAAGCUAUGAGAUAAUUUUAGUGGCGGUUGAUGGGGACUACGAAACUGAAAGCGACCUACAGUUUACUCCAGCUGUUCUUUUCAUGACCUACUUUUAAUGGUACUGUUCUUUGGUAAUUUAUUAAAGUGAGCAUUUUUUGA